AAAAAAUAAGAAAAGGACGGCAUUCGGCAAAGCAAUCAACAAAACACAAGUGUUUUUUUAUUGAUUUUCGUAGAAAUUGGGAUUUAAAACAAUACUCCUACGAUUUUGAUUCCACUGAAGAUAUUAAAUGGUAAAAUAACAACUUUCGCGACACAAAAAUGACGGACGAACGGAACUUUCGAUCGUCUUACUACGAAAAAGUUGGAUGCCGGGGUGUAGAAGAAAAGAAAUCGCUUGAAAUUCUCUUGAAGGAGAAACCAUGGGAUAAAAUGAAGCUGAAACAGUUCUGUCUAAGGUUCACAGUGCCUGCUGCAUACAGGAAUCUUGUGUGGAAGGUACUUUUGGACAUAUUACCUGUAUACACGGACUCUCACCAAUUCGUAAUGGAGCAGCGUACAGACCAGUACAACGACUUGCUGUAUGCCGUUGAAAUGCUAGAGUUGUGCGAUAUGAAGGCUCCGAGGAGCAAGAUCUUGAUGGAGAUGUGGCUGCUGGAAAACGAAGAACGGAAACCUCCUAUCUUUAGAGAGACUAACUUUUCUUCAGGUGACACAUUCAUGCCAAUAGUGACCACGCUCCUAGAGCUAUAUGACGACGAGGUAGAUAUCUACUGGCUGGCCAAGAGCCUCACGGAGGUGGUCAAGCAGAUGCAGAAGGACCUGCCCAAACUCAAGGAGGCCUUCCAGACUAUGCUGGAAAAGGAAGACGGGGAGCUUUAUAACCAUCUAUUGGAGGUGAAUGCAUUGGAAGCUCUACCCCUAACAAAGUGGUUCAACUGCUGCUUUGCUGGAAUCCUUGAAGAUGCUUCUCUUACCAAGAUUUGGGACAAAAUAUGCAGUGGCGCUCCAAAAAUUCUAGCAUUUGCAGCCGUUAUGCUGGUUAUUACGUUGCGCCGUAACAUUUUAAAGACCAAAACUGCAGAUGAAGUGCUAAAAUGUGUUUCCGAGAUUCCGGAACAAUUUGAAGAAGUUAUUGCAAAUAAAGCAAUAGAGUUGUGGCAGUAUUAUGGCGCUCAACCCCAAAGUGAUCAGUUGGCAAAGAAAUGAUGUAUGACCUUCUAAUGAGUUUAUCUCAUUAGAAGUAAAAUGGACAUAAAUAUUCGGCUAAAAAUCAAAAUUGUACGCGAGUGUGUGGUUUGUGUGUGUAAUUAGGUGGAUAUGAACUUUUGGACAUUCGUAGAUUACUAUUAUCUCUUGUAUUGUGUAGCUAUCGGAUAGUUUGUAUUGUAUCUUCAAAAUUAAUUGUCGUAAGCGCUGAAGAACUAGAUCGCAGUUGACAAAUUAUGUAUAACUUCAAGCUUAAAAGUAUGGUACUCAAAUAUUUAAAUAAAAUUUUAUAAGGAUUUUA